CCCAGCUGUGUGUCUAUGAAGAGUGACCAGUCCAAGGAUUACCCAGUCAAUUUCAGCAGUGAACCAGUUCCAUCAGAUCUAAAUGAAUUGAGUGCUGAUCUGACUCUGGAUCAGUCCAGGUGUGGAGUGUGUGAGAGGGUACUGAGGGACCCAGCCAUCACCACCUGUGGACACAGUUUCUGCAGGCAGUGCAUCAGCAGCUACUGGGAGCAGCCUGGACUACCAGGAGACCAAACCUGUCCCCAGUGUGGAAAGAUGCAGAACUCAUCCUCCUCUACAGCCUCUUCUGGAUGAACACACAGACAUGGUAGAAAGCAGCAGACACCUGCACACUGAACACACACCAGACAGAAGGAGAAAACCAGGUGAGGGUUUCCUGAUGUUUAUACUUUUAUGAGAUCUGACUAAGGAGUUGCUUAUAAGACAGGGUUUGGGAACAUUUUCAGCUGGCAGAGCCAUACAAAAAUAUUGAUUUUUGUUAAAGGACCCAGAAAAAAAAGAAAAAUA